GGUGGUGGCGGGCGGGUGGCCCGGAUGUAGCCCUGGUGAAACCCUCUCUCCCUUUCUUCCCCCACCUUUCCUGGAUCCUUAGUUUGGAAAAGCCCUUCUGUCCAGUCAUGCCAAAGAGGAAAGUGACCUUCCAAGGCGUGGGAGAUGAUGACGAGGAUGAAAUCAGUGUCCCCAAGAAAAAGUUGGUGGACCCUGUAGCUGGGGUAGGGGGUCCCGGGAGCCGCUUCAAAGGCAAACACUCUUUGGACAGCGAUGAGGAGGAGGAGGAGGAGGAGGAAGGGUCCAGCAAAUAUGACAUCUUGGCCUCAGAGGAUGUGGAAGGUCAGGAAGCAGCCACGCUCCCCAGUGAGGGAGGUGUGCGGAUCACACCCUUCAACUUGCAGGAAGAGAUGGAGGAAGGCCACUUUGAUGCAGACGGCAACUAUUUCCUGAACCGGGAUGCUCAAAUCCGAGACAGCUGGCUGGAUAACAUUGAUUGGGUAAAGAUCAGGGAGCGGCCACCUGAUCAGCGGCCGCCGUCAGACUCAGAGGAGGACGACAGCCUGGGCCAGACGCCAAUGAGCACCCAAGCCCUCCUGGAGGGCCUUCUGGAACUGAUGUUGCCAAGAGAGACAGUGGCUGGGGCACUGAGGCGUCUGGGAGCCCGAGGGGGAAGCAAAGAAGGCAGCAAGGGGCCCGGGCGGCCCAGUUCCCCCCAGCGCCUCGACCGGCUCUCCGGCUUGGCUGACCAGAUGGUGGCCCAGGGCAACCUGGGAGUGUAUCAGGAGACAAGGGAACGGUUGGCCAUGCGACUGAAGGGGUUGGCGUGCCAGACCCAGGGAUCCCGUGACCCCACACCGCCCCCCUCCCUGGACAUGUUUGCUGAGGAAGUGACAGAAGGGGAGCUGGAGACCCCAACCCCUGCCCAGAGGGAAGAAGCAGAGUUACCUGGAGAUGGUCUUGCAGACGUGAUGUGGGAAUAUAAGUGGGAGAACACAGGGGAUGCUGAGCUGUACGGGCCCUUCACCAGCACCCAGAUGCAGACCUGGGUGAACGAAGGCUAUUUCCCAGAUGGCGUUUAUUGCCGGAAGCUGGACCCCCCGGGUGGCCAGUUCUACAACUCCAAACGGAUUGACUUUGACCUCUACACCUGAGCCUCCUGAGGGCCCAGUUUGGUGGUCCCUUCUUUGCUGGACUCUGUGGAGGAGGCCCCGGCUGCCUCAGGCAGUGAAGAUGUUGGGGGCCACUUUUCAGUCAACUUCCUUUUCCCAAUAAAAGCCUUUAGUUGUGUA